UAAAAUAUGAAAGUGUGUGAGUUUGUUUCUGUCUGUGUGUGAUGGGGAUUCUGCAGUUUAGCCCAGCAGAAUGAAGCAACUGAAACUUCCGUUCUGCGUAAUGUGGAAAUAUCAUACGGAAGUAAUGUUUUCCGGAUCUUCAUUGGCCGAUCGUAUCGCCCACUCUGAAUAUGUGAUCGAAACAACGAAGAUGGAAAAUGAUUUAUUCUAGAACGUUUUAUUUGGUUUUUCUUGCAUCUUGCUUCAUUAAUAUCUGUUUUGCAAAGAACUAUAAGCACAUAUUGGUGAAAUAACUCGCUUUCAUUGUUAUUUAAGAUUCUACGCAAAUGAUUUCAACAAGCAUGGCUUGCAACUUAGUAAUUCUCUUUGCCAAGGAUUCGGAAAGGCUAGUCAAAGAACUGAUACGCAGUUUGAAGAAUAUUACCGCUAACGCUAUUUGUGUGAACGAACUAGCUGUGUGGCAUGUUUCUCCUCUCCAUCAGCAAACUAAUUCAAAAUCUAGACUUCACAUUCUCUUUUUCUCGCCUGAUUUCUUACAGUUUUUGGAGUGCAAAGCACUGGACGCUUUUAAUAUUUGUGGAUGGACCGAGCCGGAAAAGACUUUGGCCAUUUUUUGUUGUGGCCUAUCAGAGGAAAGUGUUCGCUGUCAUCAUAUAGCACCUCUAAAUUCUUAUUACAGUUGGCGAAAAUACCAGCUUAAUAAAGAAAGUUCUGAUGAUGCUGGAAAAGUUGUCUUCCCCAAAGCAUUAAUUAACCGGAUACAAGAAACAGUACCAAAAAUUUAUUCCAGUGAACUUUUCGAUAUAAUAACCGUGCCUCGAAUUUUGAAUAAGGAUAAUGAUGUUGUUUACAUCAUAUUUCAACCCAUGGUGAAGAAGUUGGAGGACAUAUCCGUUUGUCUGGAAGGCAAAAUGAAGAUUAAUAUUUUGCCAGAAGUUUUGAAUCCUUAUGUUUUAAGAUUCGGAAUUCCAGCUAUCAUCUUCCGAAGUGAAGACACAAUAAAAGUAGUAGUUAAACAAAGAGACAGAGUUAUGACCGAGCAAAUUUUACGCAUUUUACCUGAAACUUCAGGAUCGCCCCUAGAUUCAGCUUUAUCUUUCUCUCAGUUUGACAAAAAUCCCGUAUCGCCUGAGGAUUACCUCGAUGAGCAGCUGAAAUAUCUAUCAGAAGUAUCUUGCAUGCUGAGUGAAUGCGAUAAUGAAGAUUAUAGAGUUUUAGAUGUGGCAGCUACUCCUACGCAAUGGAAACCUGAAGUUGAAACAGAUCGAGAUGGAUGGCCGACACAUAAUAUGGUGGAACUCUGCAAAGGUUAUGAACACAGAGCGGAGUAUUAUCAGUAUUGCAAUAACAAAUCAGAUGAGACUAUGAGAAAAUUAGAAGCUGAUGAUCAUGACGCUCAAAUUGGUAACCUGAAGGAUGAAACGGUAGGUAAGCAGAUGUUAUACAGAAACGCUGCAAUGCUUCUAAAAGAAACUGCAUCGUCAAUGGAACCUUUUCUCAAUGAAGCCAAAGAUGACUCCAUAGUAUAUCAUAUGAGGAGAUCUCAAUCUUUGCCUUCAACCCUGAACGCUUUAACAGAUUUUCGAACCAGUCACGGACAUUACAUGGAUAUGUCAGGAAUUUUGAAAUCAGGUGAUGAUUUUUCAAGACUAAAGCCUCAUCAGUUAUUUAUCAAAGAAAAUAUCGAUAAUCGGCUGCCGUCAUACACAGGAGCAGAAUUUCUUAAUGAUUCCUUAGCUAGCGGCAUUUAUGUAUCAAUGAUUUUUCCUGAGGAAAAUGAAGAUGAGAAACUGGAAUGCCUGAAAACUGGCAUGAGUCAAAGUCAAAAGGAAUUACUAGAAUACCUGUACGCUUUCAAACAUGGCUUCAGGACCAUUUCGGAUGUGGAGGAACAAUUCAAGUCCUGGUACGAGAGAUACCGUUCACAUGGAGAAAAGCGAGAAAGUGAACUUCAAUCAGUAAGGCUGGCUUAUGAAGAAGCCCAGAAAAUAGCAGUAGCUAGCUCUUCUAAAUGGAAAAAUUUUAUUCCACGAAAGCCGAAGAGAAAAGAGUCAAAAAGCCACCCAUUAGAGGGAAACAAAGAAAGCACUAAGAAAGAAAGCCAAACACCUAUCAAGAAGAUUUCAGAUGCAAGUGCUUCAAGUACUAGCUCAAAAAACAGUUGCACUAGCAGUUCAUGCACAGAAGGGGAUAAUAAGACGCUAGAAUUUCCUACUGAGCCUGUCAAAACUGGAUGGGUAUUUGUUUACCCCACAACAACAAACAAAGGUUACGCUCCUUGUUAUACAAACAGCAAUCCUCCUCCUCUACCUCCUAGGAAUUAUUUUAAUCAGUCUCUCAAAAACAGACCAACCACACCAGAAUCUGAAAGGAAUGAGGAUCUGCAACAGCUAACUUCUAGAAAAUGUGUACUCGGUGAAGAAGUUUUAAAGAAAGAAAUCUUGUGUUGUAAGAAAGGCCUAGCUCAAAGACCAUUACCACCAAUGCCACCGAAACAUUCAAAUAAUAAUGGACACCGAGACAAUGAAAAGAAAGCAUUCUAUACAGAUGAUCAUGAUUCAGAGGAAGAAAGAACGCAAAGCUUAAUGGACCUCUGCCAGAAAUACGGAUUAGGGCACUUAACCGAGCAUUUUUUCAGUGACACGUUGCGAGUUCUGGAUGAAGUCCAGAAACGAAAUUCUGAGUAUAUUUUUGAGGCUCAGGACAUUCCGCUUGAAAGUGAACAAGAUUUUGAUGGGUAUGAAUGCCCAAUCAAAUUACAUUUAAAGACGAAAGAAGAUAGCAUGGACACUAGGACUUUAAGGCGCUCUCGGUCACUUCCAUCCAGUUUGUAUGAAACAGUAAACUUUUACGAAAGUCCGUUUGAAAGACAUUUAGAUAAAUUCCAGCUUUCAAGUUCAGAUAACGCUCACAUUAAUAUGGCGAAAGAGUCGUGCAAAACGUCAUUCUGCGAGCAUAAUCAUGAUAUCUUAAAUUCUAUGAUGAGCAAUCCUUACAUGUCACUGGACAUAGAGAGUAGUAUGUGUUUGGACCGACAGCCUUCCUUACCCAAACAUUGCUUGAACGACAGUCAGCAAGAGUUGCUCGAGCUAAUGUUUUGCUUUAAGAGGGGAGAGAAAACAAUAUCUCAAGUAGAGCAGCAGUUUCGAGAAUGGCAUGCUCGUCACCAAAUGGCAGCUUCAAACUGGGAUUUUGCCCUCCAAGAGUUAAGGAAUCAGUGGAUGAAAUCCAGAAAAUGUUCUACAUUCGCACUUCCAGAUUUGAAGAAUUUAAUCACAUGGAAACCUAGGAAGAAUUCCAAAAAGGAAAAGUUAUCUGCGGCUGACUCAGAGAAACUUAAGGAAAAAAGAAUUUCAGAGGCUUCUGAUGCCAAUAUCAAGCGUCUGUCAUAUAUCAGCAUUUCAAGUGGUUGUUCAGAUAAUAAUGAAGUUUUCAAAACUGCUUGCUGCAACGAGAGAAACUAUGGGAAAGAAUACGAGCCAGUUCCAUUCUCUGAUGUUCCUGAUACACGGUGUUUAGAAAAGAAAAUGGGAAAACUUAAAGUACCUCUUUCUAAUAUGAAGAACGACACUUCACAACCUACGAUGUCUAUUGAUGAAAAAUUCGAUCAAGUAUCAAAAGCAGAAAAUUCAAAGCCUUUACCACCACCGAAACCUACGCCUUCUCCGAGAAAAACACUUCCAGUCACAUCACACACUCGCCAAUAUCCUGAACAGAAUGAUGUAGCGAAGAAAAUUCCUGAACAGAUUUGCCCCAUUCCUCCACCCAAGCCCAAAAAUUUGCCGAAGCCAAACAACAGUCUUCCAGAUAGUCCUGAAUUGGCAAUAUCGAGUUCUGGACUCUGUCGCACGCAAACUUUUGAAAAUACAAAUGUAGGUAAAAAAACUCCACCUCUACCUCCGCCUAAACCUAAGUAUUUCAAUAAAUUAAGAGUGAACGAGAACGAAGCUGCAGGAACAGAAAGGACAGCUGCUGCUACUCAAGAAAUAACUGCAAACGGUCAAGAUGAAAACUUCAAUUCUGCUAUUAAAGGUGCUGAUCAAAGGCCACCAAGCUCACCGACUUAUAUUGUUCCAGAUACGCAUCACUUUUUCCGAAAUAAACGCAAAAAACAAGCAAUUCUUCAAAACAUGACCAAACCAGAAACCAGCUGCAUGAGUCCUGAGCAAACGCCUUCUCCGAAAUCAUCCAGCUCCAGUGAUGGGCCAAUAAAAGCGAUUCAGCUUCCCUCUUCACAAGGUCGCAAGAAAGGAAAUGUUGUUAUGAAAAGUGGAGCCAGAUUGAAUAGGAAGGUAUCUGUUUUGGAAUUGAUGACGUUGCCUACUCCGACACUUAACCUCCUGAGCAAAGCUAAUCUUGUGUUGAAAAAGACGAAGAAACAGGAUGAAUCCACUUUUUACAUCCGAAGGUGGAGUUCAUACCCGGAAUUAAGAAUAUCUCAACUACAACCCCAGCCUAUUUAUAUUGAACUUCUUCCAUAACGUGAGAAUAUUCACUCCAGAAACAUAUCGUUGUCAAUCCUAUUACAGAAUAAUAAUCACGAUGAUGAUUACUCGUACUGCUGAGUAAACAGCUGAUUUUUUAGCUACGAGAUCCUGAAAUAUGCGAAUGUUUGAGACGUCCUCGCUGGCCAGAAAACUUCGCGUCAGUAUUAGUUAUUCGUUUCCGAUUUCAGUAAUGCGAGGCUUACUGGCAAAUACUUUUAAUUUUAAGGCAUGCACAAGAGAAAGUCAAGAACUCUUAGAGAUUAGGAAAGCUUAUGAUCGCAAGUUCUUCAAUAUUAAUCUGUUUCCAAAAAUAUUUCGUCUUCGGCUAUGCUUUCAUAUCCGACGUGAACAUGAUAUUGUUUGUUGAAAGUAGCCUUUUUGCCUCCCUAAUUUAUGAAAUUGGUUUGCAAAUGCUGUGAAAUCUGAAGAAAGCGGGUAGUGUUCAAAAUAUCAGGUAGUAAAACUGCAUCAAUUAAGCGCUUACUACUGACAUCUGUACAUUUCGCAAUGUGCAUAGCUCGCUUGUCAACUGAUCUUAUUUCAUUCUUUUUUCAAAAGUGCUUUUUACCUAUGUUUCGUAUUUGUUCGUUUCCAACAAGCUAAGGUAGUCUCAUUUUCCAGGUUCUUGCAGUGAAAGAAUUAUUCUAGGUAGAAAUGAUAUGGAUGUAUGAUUUUAUAAAUUGUUUCAAUUCUCGUGUGAUGAUUCUUUAUCACAGGACACACAUUUUCUGAAGAAUAUCUGAAUAUUUAAGAUAUUAGUUUGUCUCCGAUAGCUUUCCUCUACAAUCUUUCAUAAUAAAUGCAUAUUCGCAAUAUUUAGGACUAUCUAUCUUUAUUGCAUACGAAAUCUUUUCACUUUAGUUAAAUUUUUUUAUCUAAUAUUUUCAUUUAUCUAAAUGGUUAGUUUUAAAGCUUUCUUGGGAAGAUAUCUUUAAUAGUCUUUUAUUUUGGUAGAAUUACUUUAAAAUCUUUAAUGAUAUUUCAAAAUAAUCUUUUUGAUGAUUUUAAAGUACGCAUCUGGAAUGAACAAAAACGAAGCGGAAACGUAGCUUACGCUUCCUAUCUGGAGCUACUAUCAAAUAUACGUUCAGUACUGAAAAAUAAAUUAAAUCAAAAUUAUUGUUAAAGUUUCGCCUUCAAUGGCUCCAAGUUUAAUGUAUUAUUUAAUUCAAUUUAGGUUUCGAAUGUAAUCUGAAUUCAGAAAGAAAUAUGUAAAUAAAGUUGCCAAAUAUAAGCAAAAAA